AUGACCAUGAUAAAUAUUGAUCGUCGAAAACUCGACCCAUUCGAUCGUUAUACAAUGCAUAGACUUGUAGUUGAAGUUGAAUAUAGACGAAAUUGUAUGAAAACUAUUCUGAUCAAUCUAUCCGCCAUUGCCAAGGACGUCUACCGUCCACCAAUUUACCUGGCCCAAUUUAUUUGUUAUAAAUUAAGCGCACCAGUAAAACAGAAUAAAAAACAAGAUCGAUAUUUUGUUAAUGGAACACAUGAUUGUGAAAAAUUACAAAACUUUAUUUAUGAUUUUAUUGAUCGAUAUGUGAUCUGUUCAAAAUGUGACAAUCCCGAAACGAAAUUAAGUGUUAAUAAAGAUCAGCAAGGUGAUGUUGCAGUUCAUCAAAGCUGUAAUGCAUGCGGUCAUUCACGUACAAUGGACAGGAAAGCAGAUAGAUUAACACAAUAUAUUGCAAAGCAUUUAUUAAAUGCUAAAGCGAAAGGUGAAGCAUCAUCAGGAAUAAAAAAGACAAAUCGAUCAAAAAGUAAGAAACAUAUCGAUCCAGUAAACGCUACUGAAUCUAUUGGAGAAGCUAAUGGCAUAUCAACAUCGACAGAUAGUGGGGAUGAUAGUAGCAGUCCAAUCGAUGAUGAUUGGAGUGAUGAUAGUGAUCUUGAUAAACAAUUAGCUGAACGUUGUGAUCAAUAUGGUCGUCUUGUUGAAAAAAAGAAAACAGAUCAAAAACUAAAUGAUAUAGAAACAGUAAGGGACCUUCUUGCUGAAGCCGAACGUUUAGAAAUCAUGGAACAAGCUCCGUUUAUUGUCGGACAAUGUGUUUUUACUGAAAAUAUCCUGAAAGAUAUUGAUGAUUAUAAACUUUUGUUCACCAAAUUAUGUACAAAAAAUGCCAAAGGGCAGAAAUAUUUGCUACAUGCCAUUGAAGCGUUGAUCGGUGAACAUGAAGAAAUUCGUAAAAAGAUCUUCAAUAAGAAAACGAUGUCAAAGAUUCUAUUGAAAUUUUACGACGAAGACAUUAUCGAAGAAGAUACAUUUUAUACAUGGCACGAAAAAGCUUCGAAACGCUUCACAGAUAAAAAUACAGCUAAAGAAAUUCGUGAAAUGGCCAACGAGUUCGUUCAAUGGUUACGUACAGCUGAAGAAUCGAGCGAUGAGGAAGAUGAUGAUGACGAUAAUAAAUUACCUGAACCACAAAUCAGUUUUACACAUACAGUGAAUAAGCCUCCUGUUAAAGGCAAUGGCGAAAUAAUUGAUACCGAAAAUAUCUAA